UGAAAAGUUUUCAGCAGUGAAAGUUAACCUAAAAACUGUUGAGGUUAUGUAAAUGUGUCAACUUUAUUAUUAAAAAAAGAUGUGGAAAUCCAUAAUAAAACCGUUAAAUAUAGUUAAUAAAGCUUUUCUUUCUCCUACAGAGAACGUUGUGCAUCAACAGCUAAGAACAACUUAUGUUUUAAAAAGAAAAACUCCCCCUCGCUUACACAAGAAAAAUAGUGACCCAAAACCCCUAAGAAGCAGACACUAUGUGUAUGAAUUAGUAAAAAAUGAGGAAUUGGAGAAAAAAGCGAAUAUCAAUGUUAUUUUGACGACGUAUGUGGAAGGUUUGGGAAAUAAGGGAGAAAAAGUGUCCGUAAAACCGAAAUAUGCCUAUCAGGAUCUUUUAUUGCCAGGGCUGGCGGUUUAUGAGAGUCCUGAAAAUGUGGAAAAGUAUAAAGACUUCAUGACAAAUCCUAUGAGCGAUGUUGAAGCACAUAGUUCACCAACAGCCAUGCUAACUGUUAGAUCUCUGUCUGGAAUAAUGCUAUCUGUAGUAAUGAACAAAGAUACACAUUGGUCUUUAAAACCAUGGCAUAUUAAGGUUUCCUUUAGAAAAUGUGGUUAUAUUGUGCCAGAACAUGCCAUAAUAAUGCCAGAACAAGAAAUCAAAGGACCCAAUAUGGAUUUGGAAAAUAGGGAAUUUUUUGUUACAGUAAAAAUAAAUAAUAAAGAAACAGUACCAGUAAGGUGCAGAAUUCACCAUUGGAGCACCGAAGUUAAAGAUAGAAUACCCUAUGCAUCAGAAUUUUGGAAAGAAAAAGUUGAACCUAUUUUUGAUGAGCAUUCAUCAGUUUUAAAUAGUAUACCUCAUAAAGCUGAAUUAAAGAAAUAAAUGAUAAGUAAGUUG